CUGCUUCUCCCCACCAACACCCUCCAAUUCGUUCACACGAACGUUCCUCAAUAAUGCCUCCUACCAUGUCGAAAAAGCGCAAGGUCCUGGACGGCCUGAAAGGCAAGACCGGGAACCCCAAGAAGAAGUUCAGAAAGCAGCGUCAAUACCACAGCAGCUCCGAUGAGGCCUCCGACGACGACCAAGCCGAUUUCCAAGCCGUCAACCUCGCCGAUUCGGAUUCAGAGGUCGAAGUGAAGCCGAAGGCGACCAAGGAUAAGAAGCAGAAGCCGACGACAAAGACGGCUGCAGCACCUGCGCCGCCCAUCAAAUCUGCCAUGAAGCCCACGAAGCAGACCGCGAAGGAGGACAGCGACGAGAGUUCCGCCGUCGAGGAGGACGAUGAGCCCGACUUGGAUGACAUUGUUCAUGACGACGAAGACGACGAAGAAGAAAUCUCAGGCUCGGAGCAGGAGGACGAAGACGAUGCGGAUCAAACCUCGGGUCGCAGGACGGUCUCGAAGCGCAACGAUCCCACGGCGUUCUCGACCUCCAUGGCCAAGAUUCUGUCCACCAAGCUGCCGACAUCCGCGCGCGCCGAUCCCGUCUUGUCGCGUAGCAGGACCCUCGAGCAGUCCCGGACCGAGCAUGCGGACGAGAAGCUCGAUCUGCAGGCGCGGGCGAAAAUGCGCGCCGAGAAGCGCGAAGACAUGGAUCGCGGCCGCGUGCGCGAUGUCCUGGGCAUCAAGCGCGGUGCGGCCGGUCCGGUCGCCGAGGAGGAGAAGCGUCUCCGCAAGGUGGCCCAGCGGGGUGUGAUCAAGCUGUUUAAUGCGGUCCGCGCUGCGCAGGUUCGCGGAGAGGAAGCCGCCCGGCUCGAGCGGAAGAAGGGCACCGUGGGUAUGGGUGAGCGGGAGAAGACCGUCAAUGAAGUCAGCAAGCAGGGCUUCUUGGAGCUCAUCAGUGGAAAGAAGGGGAAACCGUUGAACAUCGAAGAGGCCUGAACGAGGCUCUGGUUCUAGUUCUGGUUCUUGAGGUGGGCAUGUUACGGGCGUUGGGGAGAAAAAUGGCUUGAUGUGAUUUGUAUCUUACGUUUCGAUUCCUACUCGUUUACUUCUUGUAUUUUUGGAUAAAAGAUAAAACCGUA